CAACGCUUUGGUUGGACUCGGCGCGAGUAAUGCGCCAGAUAAACCCCAUUGCUUCUUUUAAUACCUCAACAUCUUUCCUAUCACAGCAUCAUCGCCCUUCAAUUAUUUCACUAGCAUAGUCUACAGUCACUGGGGUUGCAUUGACUGUUCUUGGCUCAGUGCCCGAUUCGAUGUCGAGGGAUAACCAUGAUCUAGACAUUCUUUUCCUAUGAGCACAUCGUUUGCCCCAGUCAAUAUGCGAAUAGCUCAUGACUUUGAAUUGAGUCCUGUCUCAGCCUCCUCGUCCAACCCUGAAGGGGCAAAUGCAGAACGCCUACGGUCUCGAUCAAGAUCUCGACAGCCAUACCACCGACAGCAAGCCGAACCUCAUACCAAAUCCUAUCUCGAGGCCCAAGGAAACUACGGUCCGAGAGAUGACCGAAGCCUGAGCCGACGACGCAACGAAGGCGCUGCCGCCGAUACUAACAAUGGAGAAGGGAGCUCAGGCUCCAAGAGCGUGGAUACUUUGAGCGACAGUGGAACGGAGGCUGACGAUGAAAGUGCUACUUUUCUGAAAAGCCUUCCUGCCCCACCGUCGCGACCCCAUAAAGGGUUGCGCGACACGCGGGGCACUUGUACAUCCAGCCCAUUCCUUACGCCGUCGCAACUGGAUGAGGACGAUAAUCAGUUUUCUUUACAUGCGGGCGAGGCUUCAGCAUGGCUCUCUCAAACCCAGCCUUUUGAAGACCAAGAGGCGCGGAAGGCAGAGCAAAGAUACAGAAGACGUCGAAGAGCAGAAUUGAUAAGAAGAACAUCGGAAUUUCUCAUAGUUGGAAUUGUAGGGUUAAUUACAACAUGUGGUGGCGGAGUGCGGCAAGCCGCAAAACUAUGGCAUCGUGAACUAUACACCCAUGCCUGUAUCAUUAUAUUUUUAUUCAUGAUAUAUCCUAUCAGACUUCUUCGUUUCGCUCGCAAAGCACCGAGCUCACCGGGGCCUGGGAGAAAACAGCGCUUUCGAGUUCCAUCAUCUUUCGACCCUGCGCCGCUUAUAUACCCAGUUUUAAUCCCUGAAUUGGUUGCAUUGUCGCUGCUUCCAAACAAUAAGAAGUUCCUACUUCCUAAUCUCAUCCUCGGAAUUGCUGCGCUGCCUCACAGAGUCAUUCCUGAAGUCGGGACUCCUUUGGGUUUAAGCUUUACUCAUUGGUUUCUGUCAAUCGCACCACUCAUCACCUCUGAGUACACUGCUCUGCCAUCGAAGCUGUUUCCGCCAAUGCCCUACUUUCUGAAAUCGCCGCCUCCGGAAGGAUUGUCCCCAGGAAUCCUAAUAUGUCUUUACCCUCUGCAUCAGACCUUGUUGUCUCCACUGCAGUAUCUGACGACAACCAGCCUGCUUCCAGCAGAGAUCCAACUUCUGUCAAUUGCCUUGAUAAACCUUUUACUUCACUCCUCGUCUCCUCAAGCUGUCAUAUUACAAGCUGCUCUUUGGGGUGGAGGCCUGGGUACAUUCAUACUUUGUCGGCACGUCAUUCAAUGGGGAGUAGCCCUGGCAAAGAUUCCCAAAUGGAGGUUUCGGCGUGCAGCCAACGUUGUUAAAGCGAAAAACUUGUUUUUGCAAGCUUUGGACCACGCAAGAGGGCAGAGGAUUGGCGGCUUCAAGCCGUUUGAGGGAAGAGUAGACAGCGGGGAUAGCGAUGCCGAUGAGGAUGGAGCGCCUGGGACUCAUGUAGGAAGGGGUAAUCGGAGUCUCCAUCUGAAGGUGCCCAAUACGGUUGAGCUUCGCAGCUUGGAAGAAAACAGCGGCCAAACAAUGUCCGCUAGAGAUCCGUCAAAGAGCUUUGAUAUGUUAGGAGGAGAUGCUUCUCAGCCCGUCCAGUCCGUUAUUUCUCACAGGAGGUACACGCUUCCAUCAAUUGACGGCUCUGUCCUUCCGAGGUCUUCCAAGUUCACUUCAGGCGGGCGUCAUAGGCGCCACAUCUCCUCCACCUUCCGACCAUACUUGGAUCUAACUGCAUCUCAAGCGAAGAAUCGCAAGCUUCUCUACGCAGCGUAUGUGUAUUGUUCCAUUCUCUUUAUCCUGGUUCUGGGCAUCAGAACUUAUACUGCCAAGUGGGCUUUCAAUGGCGAUGAGCCCGUUGGCUGGGCUAUUGGGUACUUAUUGGGUAAUAUUCAGCCGUUCAGAAUGGCAGUGGUUGGCGCGAACAUGGAGAAUUGGAUUCAAUUGCCACCAAGGCGCGAUCGUGAUGACACACCUUCCGUUGGUCGUGGCUGGGUCGAUCAAGUACGGUUCUGCAACUUGGGCGAGGCUAAUACGAGGCUUGCAAUUUGCGGAUAUUGGCUUGGCAUCUUCACUAUCGGGAUGUUGAUUGUUCUACGCCUCAGCUCUGUCGUGGAGGUGGACACUCGUCGUAAAGUCUUCCAUGGCAUGAUGGUGGCAAUGUUUCUGCCUGCGACGUAUAUCGAUCCAGCCUUUGCUGGUCUUGCUCUCACAUUAGCCCUCUCGCUAUUCAUUCUCCUCGACCUUUUCCGGGCGUCACAAUUACCGCCCCUUUCUAAACCGCUGGCCGCCUUUCUUACACCUUAUGUCGACGGUCGAGAUCUUCGUGGCCCUGUCGUCGUCUCGCACAUGUUUCUCCUAAUUGGAUGUGCGAUUCCUCUCUGGCUAUGUUUAGCUGACGCAUCUCGCGCUGGACCAUCGAAUUGGGACGGUUGGGAAGUCACUUCAAGAGAUGUUAGUAUGAUCAGUGGUGUUGUGUGCGUAGGUAUGGGGGAUGCUGCGGCAUCGUUGAUCGGUCGACGUUACGGCCGUCGCAAAUGGCCCUGGACUGGUGGCAAGAGUCUAGAGGGCAGCGUUGCAUUUGCGCUGGCCGUUGCCAGUGGAUUAGUUUUUGCUAGGUUCUGGUUGGUAUUGGGCGGAUGGCCUGGCGGCAGUGAUGAUCAUUGGGUCACUUCAGUUAUCAAGUCAGUCAUUGCCGGAGCAGGCGCAAGCUUUACUGAAGCGGUGCUGACAGGGGCAAAUGAUAAUGUCGUUGUGCCUGUGAUAUUGUGGCUCCUGGUUCGGGGACUCGGAAUAUGAAAUGUAAAGAUUGCAUUGGAUGGAGUAAAAGUUAGACAAAUAAUCCACUUGAUUUAAUUUCAUUUCGAUUGUAUUUUUAUUAUGGACCCCGCGCUCAAUUGCGGCACCCGUCAAUAAGUCAGGGAGAUGUUUUCUGGAGAGGGUAUUUCAUGCCAUAUCGCCAUCCCAGGCGCAUUCGCCUGCUCGAAUAUAUAUAUGUGUACAUCCUAUAAUGGUGCAGCCACAGAAAGACAGAGUUUAUUCAGAC